UACGUUCAGUUAUGUAGUAUACAGCCAUAUGCUUUGUAGAUCAACUAUUUACUCCAGGAAACAGACAUUUAGUGAUCCAUAUUUUUCUUUUAAUCGUUAAAAAUGAUCACAACCAGCCUAAUUAAAGCAACAAUCUGUGAAGAUCAGUCAGUUUUCUUACAGUUGGAAUAACACUUGUUUAAUUUGACGUGUUUUGCUGAGAAGACUGCCCCCAGGACUUGCAAGUUCUCUCAUGACAGUAGAAACAACAACCCACUGACAGAUCUGUGUGCAGUGACAGCAGCACACAUCGCUUCAUAAAAGUCUGGUCCGCUCAGGAUGAAAAGUGUGAGGAUCGCAGUGGUGGGAGCAGGCGUGGUCGGCUUCUCCACCGCUGUCUGCAUCGCUGAGGCUCUCCCUUACUGCUCUGUCACCCUGCUGGCUGAGAAGUUCAGUCCGGACACCACGAGUGAUGGAGCUGCAGGAAUCCUGUAUCCUGGAACGUCCCCAGAUAUUCCCUUGGAAAGACAAAGGCGCUGGUUCAAGGACAGCUUUGAUCACCUGUUGGCUAUUGCUCAAUCCCAACACUCACCUGAGGCUGGGGUUAUGAUCAGCUCUGGCUGGCAGAUUUUCAAGGAGGUUCCAGUUGAUAAGAAGCCCCAUUUUUCAGAGCUUUUGAUUGGAUUUAGGUUCAUGACCGAUGAGGAAUUGAAAAGGUUUCCAGAUCACAAGUUUGGCCAGGCGUUCACCACUGUGAAGUGCGAAUGUUCCACCUACCUGCCUUGGCUUGAGAAGAGAUUCAGAAAAGCUGGCGGUCAGGUCCAAAAAAAGAAGGUCAACAGUCUCCAGGAGCUGAGUAGUGGCUUUGAUAUCAUUGUAAAUUGCUCUGGUCUGGGCUCUAAAACGCUGGUGGGCGACUCUGAGGUGUACCCAGUCAGAGGCCAGAUCCUCAAAGUGGAGGCCCCCUGGUUGAAGCAUUUCAUCAGAGAUGGAGAUGGAAAGACCUACAUCUACCCUGGCAUCCAAUCUGUCACCAUCGGUGGCACUAGACAGCAGCACGACUGGAGAUUAAACGUGGACCAAGAAGACUCGAAGGGCAUCCUGGAGCGCUGCUGCAGGCUGGAGCCGUCGCUCAGCAAAGCCAAAAUCCUCAGUGAGUGGGUGGGGCUGAGGCCCGGCAGGAAGAGCCCGAGGGUGGAGAGGGAAGUGGUGCAGCUGCAGAGUCGCAGGGUGCCGGUGGUGCACAACUACGGCCACGGAGGCUGGGGAGUCACCCUCGCCUGGGGAACCGCACAGGAUGCUCUGGGGCUGGUCUGGCAGUGCCUCCACGAUAUGAAGCUGCAGGCAAAACUGUGA